AAGCAACAACAAAAACAACACUGCAAGCAAUCAGAAACAAAGAAUCCAAGAAUUAAGCUACCACAGUUAAGAUCAUAUUUUCUUUACUAUUGAAGCCACUGUCUAACAUCCUCCCAGUCAUCCUCUCAACUGCUACCGUCAUUGAAACCUGUCAUCUAGGAUUCCUCAUUAUCUCUCACCCCCUAUAUUCAAUCAUUUGCUGUCUCCUCUUGGCACUGGAUCCCUAUUAUAGAAGGAGUUAGACUUAAAUACAUUAGGGUAAAAACAAUCAAAACUAAUUAAUCAAAAGAAAACCAUUAAGUGGGAUACAAAAUUAAAUAAUCUGACUUCUAAUUGGCAGAAAGAUUAGGGACUUUAAGAGAUGAGUGAACAAGUACAAUUUUCUGAAAUCAGAAGAGAGACCCUACUUCUCCCACCUGUCUGUAAAAGGAACAUGGAAACAAUAAUUGAUCAGUAUGGGGUCAAUUUUCAGAAAAAAAUAUAUGGGUGUUUUGAGAUGUAUAACUGUGAGAAAACUCCUUUUGCCUUUCCAAGAAAUUGGAUUAUUUUCUAUUUAUUUUCUAUCCUCAUCUUUCUUUUAAGUAACCAAUCUUGAGUGAUUUUUUUUUUAAUGUAUAAAAAGUCUGUCUCCUUCUGUAUUCGGAGACAGUGUCAUACUGAGAAAGGCAACUGGUCCUGAUUUGUUGAGCAAUUAGCAUCCAUUGCUUAAUAAAUUGAUAUAUUUGGAAUUUCACAUCUUUAUUUCCUCAGGCAUUUCAUCUUUCAGCUACCACAUCUCCCCAUUCCCAUCCUUUUUCCAUUCAUCUGUCAAACUUAUGUUUCCAAAGGCCAGGUCUGACCAUAUCAUCUCUUUAUUCAAUAUCAGAUAUAAAAUUCUGUUUGUCUUUUAAAGCCCUUCAUAUUGUGGUCUCUUUCUGUCUUCCCAGGUUUCUUAUACCUUAUUUUCCCCCACCUACUCCAUGACUCAGUGACACUGGCCUAAUCUUCUGUUCUUUGCACAAGACACUCCAUCUCCUGAAUCUGUUUUCACUUGCUGUCUUGCAUGUCUUGAAUUCUCUACCUACUUUUUCUCUGUCUCCUGCCUUCCUUCAAGUCUUAGCUAAAAUCUUACCUUCUAUAGGAAUCCUUUCCAAAGUCUCAAUUUCAAGAAUGCUUCCAGGCUAGUCAUAUUCUUUAGACUCCAUUUAUGCCUUUUUGAGUGGGCCUUCUCCCCAGCUUUCCUUUCAGCUUUUAUAUUUUAUCUUCCCCAAUUAAAUUGUGAGAUAUUUGAGGGUAUGGACUAUCUUCAUUUUUGUAUCCUCAGCAUUAACACAGUGAAGACCCUGUAUUAAUACUAAAUUAAUUUUAAUAAAAUUGAUUGACUGAUUAGGUGAAGGAGUAUUAGAGACAGAACAGACUUGGCUGUGAUUUUGUGAGCUUCUAAGGAGAUUUUAGCCCCCUUUCUCUAGUUCAAUUAAUAAGUAGAGCACUGAUUCUGUGUUUCUCAAAGUGCAGCAUGGGUGUCAGAGAAAUAGCUAGCAUGUCAGAGAAAUAGUCAGCCUCCUACAAAAGUGAUGAUGUCACUGCAUCUGAGGGUCAGUUCUGAGAAUCCUGACAUGAAUGGAAUCCUAUGUCUGGCAGUUACAGGAAAAACUGCAGUAGAGCAAGAAGCAAUUUUAUAAAUAUUCUUAUAAAAUCUGCCACUGGUAAUAUUUUUAUUUUUUUGUGUGAUUCAUUUACAUAAACAAGGCUGCCCAGUUCUUCCUCCCUGAGAGUCCUCACCAUGACAGAAGGUAGGGCCAAAAGGGAUCUCAUUGGGAGAGACUGUACUAGAUAUCAGCCACUGGUGACUCCCUCAACUGUAAAGGCAGUCAUCUCAAAGAUUGAAACAGCCCAGCUGAAGCGAGCUCAAGAGAGAUCCUGGGAGGAGAGGCAUCCAGAGCCUCACACCAACCCCAAGUGCUGAAGAAUUGGUUGUUGUAAGUCCCAGUGUGAAUCUUCUUCCUUCCUGCCCUGGCCUAUAGGACAUUUCUAUCCAGCUUUCUGACAUUUUGGGCAAUGUCAAUGGUGUCAUCAAACGCUUCCAAGAAGAUUUAGGAUCAGAUCUGAAAGAAAGCAAAAAAAGUCGAGGGGAACAAGAGAGGGGCAAGAAGAGGUUCAUCUUGAUGGAGAAAAUAGCCUCUUUCUCAAAGGCUGCUGAGACAAAAGAGAGGAACCUCUAUGAAAUCCUCAACUGGAUGAGUGACUGGGGUGACAGUUUGUCUUAUGAAACCAAACCUAAGGAAUAUGACAAACAAGAUGAAUGGGUGGAAGUCAUGGAGAGGGUGCUGCCACUUUCUCUCAUUGCCACAGAGGGCGGCAUCGAGUCUUUGAUUUCCCUUUGUUCUAAUCUGAUUGAAGACCAAAAGAAAAGAACCAUAAGGCCCAAAGGAAAUUUUUGGAAAGUAUGGAAGGAAAAGAUUUUACAUAAAUCUUCCAUCCCACUUCAGCCUCUGAGCCCAGAGCAGAUGCUUCAAGAUGAAACUACCACAAAUACAAAGAUAGCUGAGGUCCGGGCCAUGCUUCAGGAGCUCUUGGACUUUGCCAUAUUCAACAAGGGAGAAAUCAAAGCCAUCAAGUAUAUAUCUACUAUGGUAGAGAAUCUUAAUCAGGCCUUGAUCCUUCAGUUUCAAGAAAACCACAAGAUGGAAAUCCAGUACAGAAUCCUAGAAGUAGAGAUGUCAAAAGAGAUAAACAAACAAAAGCUCCUCUUUCAGAAGGAGCUCCAAGUCCUUGAGGACAUGAAGAAUGCUCUAGAAAUACAGGUGCAAGUAUCAGAGCAGAAAUACCAACAACUUCUCCAGGAAGAAACAACCAUGAGAUACCAGUUGCAAAUGGGUGGAGGUGACAGGGACAGAAGAGACUUCACUGAAUGUGUUUCUAGUCCCCUAAAAUCUCAGACUUCUCAAAAUAUGAGCCUCCCCACAACUGAAGAAGGACUAGAGACAGAAAUGAAACAGAAGCCUGAGGAAAUGGUAGGACAAUCAUCCCUGGAAGAAAAAGAGGAGGAGGAAGAGAAGAAAGAAGAAGAGGAAAAAGAGGAAAAGGAGGAAGCAGCUCAGCUCUUUUCAAACACCCAGACAAAGGAUAUGGAUGUUGAUAUGGGGGGUGACUUCACACCUUUCUUGAAGCAGCUACUUCCAAAAAUGAACUCGUACCCUGAACACUCUGAAGACUUAGGUAUCCAUGCUGAAAAUGCCAUAGUUUCCAAGUACGAGGUCACUGCUUUGAAACCUACAGGCUUCAGAGGCACAGAUUACAUAUAUUCUGAAAAAAGAGAAGAGGUAGCUAAAAAUGCAGUCUGGAUCAAUGUAGAAGAUUCAGAUGUGUCCACAGAAAGCUGGGGAGACCUGCCAACUAAAAUGUCUCCAAAAGAGAAGACAGGCCUCUCACAAGAAGAGCAAGCAGAAGAAGAGAGACAUUGGCAAAAAAGAAGGAAGGAAUGGCAGGCAGAAGAGAAGAGGUGGCAAGAGCAGCAGAAAAAGUGGAAACAACUAGAAAGGGAACACAAAGAGAAACAGCGGCAGUGGAAGCUGCAGGAAGAAGAGCUGUACAAGAAGAUGCAAGAGUAUAUUGAUUAUAGCUUCUUAAUGAAGCAGAGAAGGGAGCUAGAUGAGCAGAAGCUGGAGCAGAACAAGGAGCCUUAUAUGUUCUUGUCACCAACUACAAGGAGAGAGAUGGAAGUGAAAAGGGUUUACCAGACUCAAUUAGCAAGGGAGAAAGUCCAAACAUCUAUGAUCUAUGAAUCCCAGCUGCCCUCAGUCAGGACCUUUGGAUCCCAGGGGGCUCAUCAAGGAUCCAUGAAAAUGGGGCCCUUUUCCUGCAUUGGAAUGUCUUUUAAAUCUUUUCCCUGUCCCUUUCCCAAUAAAUCCAGCACUUUUGAAAGACUGAUCUCUCUACCAAGGGAAAAGAAGUACUAUUUGGAUGUUCUGGCUCAGAGAAAGAACUUGUUGCUCUUGAAUGAAGCUGCUGAGAGCGUGGGCCUUCCUGUUCACCUGCACAGUCUGGCCAGGAAGCUGAUCAUAGAAACACUCUAUACUAAUGUUGCCAGGUUCUGGUACCUGAUCCAUAAAUAUAGCACCUAUAGGAUGUUCCAGUGUUUAAGGCAGGAAGUAAGCAACCAUAUAGAAGCCAGACAAAUAGCUGGAAAUGUCGAUGAUGCACAAAAGUUUAACAUCAUUCUGGAAAAAAUUGACAUGUGUGAGAGCCGCAGGCUGCAGAUCUGGACAGAAAAGCAGAAAGUUCUGGAGCAGGACAGAGGAGAUUGUCUGGAGCAAAUGAUGUCCUUAUUCUCCCAGCUCCGAGAGGAAUGGGAUCUGAACCUGAGUGCUCCAAUUCUCAUAACUACUUUAGAGAAGCAGAAAAAAUCAGCAACAAUAACAAUACCAAAGAAACACACCUAUUUCAUCAGGGCUGGCGGAACACAUCCCAAACAGCCUCCAAUGACUAAGCGUCAGGAGUAUCUUGAAUUUCUGAAGAUUGCUCGACAAAGAGGGAUUGAGAUAGAGUCUAUCUGGAAGACAGCGCUAUCUACCUCCAGUUAUCCAGUACAAAAGAAGACCCCUGCAAGUGUUAUAUGGUCCCAGAUUGGUGGGUACCCAGAUUUUCCUCGGAUGGUGGAAUUAGAUAUCAAUUCCCCUUGCCACAAAUGCUUGGAAUUCCUAAGAACAAGAUCACCAACCAUUUUCAAAAGAAAAUCCACCGUUGACAGAGACAAUGAACUCAUUGAUGAGGAGCCAACUGAAUCAGUGUCUGAAAUCUGAGCUAAGAAAAGAACAUAGAUAGAGAUAUUGGACGAUGUCAGAGAGAUGCCUCUUCCUUCUCCAAAUUCCACCACUUUGAUCCACUUUGAUUUGCUAAACCUCCUCAAACCUAUUCUUGUACACGCUUAAUGAAUAAAAUAGAUUUCUGUUAUUUUCUUCAUUUCUUCACUGAUUCCCACAUUUCCCCCAAUUAAUUUUAAAAACAAAGGCUAUGGCUAUUAUGACUGCCCCAUAAACAGUACAAAGACUUUAUACUCUAUAAGUACAACUUAGAGAGAUUUACUAGAGUAUGGGCUAGAAAUUGUCUGAGGAGAUUUGCCCAAGUGAGGUUUCUCUCUUCUGAGAAUUCACACUUUUAUUAUAACUGAUGAUAGAACCUAAGGUGUGGGCAAUUACAUAAGGAGAAAAAAAGCAUAGUACCUUCAAAUAGAAAUUGAAAUAUCAAUAGCAAAUUCAUAUCAGAUGAAGUAUAAUGAAGCAGAAGCUAAGGGUGAAUCCAUUAUUAGGAUAGAGAGCAAGAGGUAUGCAAGAGGUAUAGCUGUGGGACGUUCAGGUCCAAAUGGGGUUGGGUCAGGGAAGGGGUAUCUGCAGCAAUAAGGAAGCAAAUCUAGGAAGGUUUUCUAGAAGCAACUUCAUUUUUCUGGUUUUCAAUCUCUUUUAUCUUUCUGCCCUUACACCCUUCAAAAUCUAGCUCAAACUCCUCCAUAUAUCCCAUAAGUAAACCUGGCUCCACUUACUUUGAUCAAUACUACUCUCUUCAUACCUCUAGCUUU